AUGACGACCCUCGUACGCACCCGUCUACCGCUUCAGGACUUGAGCAUGAGCAACCAGGCCAGCCGCCGCAGCAGCAAACGCAUUGCUGCCACCUCUGUGUACGAUGAGCAGGAUGGCGACUUUACAUUCACACGCGGCUCCAAGCGUGCCAAGACGACAGCUGCGCCGGAGCUGGCCGCACCAGCAGCAGAGAAGAAGAGCAGACAGAGCACAGGACGGAGGCGCGGCGCCAUCCCCGCAUCACCACCGUUGACAACACGGUCGUCCACCACCUCGCCACAACAAGUAGAGCCCCAGUCAAAACCGGCCGCGUCGACACGGCGACCCGGGCGGCCGCCAAAAGCCGCCAAGACAUUACCACCGCCGGUCGAUGAAGACGAAGAAGACGAGAUUUCUGCGCGGCCCGCGCCAGCAGCCAAGUCGAAGCGGAGGACACGUACAUCGUCUGAGCGAGUCGAAGAGCCAGUACCACCACCAGCGCCAGUACCACCAGCACCACGCGGUGCUUCCAGUGGCCGGGGACGCAAACCGCGUGGGAGCACAGCCAAGCGGCGAGAGCCCGAAGUGGCGGGCGGGGACAACGGUGAUGGCGACGACGAUGUUGCUGUUGUAGAUAGCGCCGACACGAGCAACGACAACACGAACGACAUGAGCAGGACCCCACCAAGCGAGAGUGUGCACCACCAGACGAUCGCGCUGCCGUUUAGCGACACGCCCAUCAUCAACCGCAACAAGGAGCUCCGGCGAAAAACCGGGCAGCGGCGCAGCAGUGUGGGCAUGCGCGGACGGCGCGCGAGCUCGCUGAUUGACAACGGACACAGCGCGCUGCCGCACCGCGAGGUCGACGCAGCCGAAUUCUACAAGCACAUUGAGGCGGAGGGACUCCCGGAGCCGCGGCGGAUGCGGCAGCUGCUCAUGUGGUGUGGCGAGCGGGCGUUGUCAGAGAAGCCGCCGCACGGCUCGGCCAACUCGAGUGCGCUCUUGGGUGCCCGCGCAAUACAAGAUCAGUUGCUGAAGGACUUUGCAAACCGGGCCGAGUUCUCCAACUGGUUCGGUCGCGACGAGCUACCCGACGACGAGGCCCAGAAGCCCAAGAGGCCCGUAGUACUGAAGCCGAAUCCGCGCAACAUUGAGCACGAGGAGAAGAUUGCCGAGCUCGAGGCGAGGAUCAAGAGGUUAAAAGAGGAAAAGAAAAAAUGGAUGUCGAUGGCAAAGCCAACGCUCGACUUGCAGCCCUUGUACGCGGCCGACGCCAGCCCCGCCGACCUCGCCAAGGCGCCACCACUACCCGACGAGAGCCUUCUCGACCCGGAGGAGGCAAAGAUGCUGCAGGUCGUCCUGUCACGGCAACAGCAAUCAGAAGCAGUAGCAACCUCGGACGCAGCCGCUUUCCGGGCCCAAAUACAGGAGCGCGUCGGACAGUUACGAACAGCGGCGGCAUUCCAGGUCGACCACCUGGCGGCCAACGUGCACGUUUUGGAUCAACGGGUGGCUGUGGCCGGGCGCGAGGCGGACCUGCUGUUGCGACUGGGCGCAGCGCGGCUCAAGGCCCGCGAAGACCGCGAGAAGGCGGCCGUGGGCACGCGGGAGAUGCCGGUGAUGGAGGUACUGCGGAGUCUGGGCAGGAUCCUGCCGGAAGACAGCGGAGGUGGGAGCAGUGGCAGUUGA